CUCUCUGUCCCGUCAGCAGUGUCUCGGCAGUGAGGGUGUGUGUGAGUAUCUGAGAGACAGAAGCUCCAUCAUGAAACAGUGUGUGCUCUUGCUGCUGGCCGUAGCCUGCGUUCACGCAGCCCCCGUCGACGUCCUGGCACCUGGUUCCUGCAAGGAUGCUGUUGCCCUGGGGGCGGCCCAACAGGCCCUGAACAAGAUCAACGCUGACCGCAGCGAGGGCUACGUCUUCGGACUGCAUCGCCUGAGCAACGUUCACCAGAUGCUGCAUGGGAAGAAUGGCAUUGUGUUUUAUCUGACUCUUGAUGUGGAGGAAACCAAGUGCCAUGUGCUCAGCAAGAAGAGCUACAAGGACUGUGCUAUCAGACAGGAUGACGAGAACCCGGUGUACGGUCAGUGCAAAGCCACCAUUUUCAUGAACAGGGUGGCGAGGGUGGCUCGUCUCUACAAAUAUUCAUGCACAAUUAGGCCAGUUCCAGCCUCAAAAAUCACUAAAAAAUGCCCCGACUGCCCCACUGAACAAGCUCUCGAUGACCAGGAGGUCUUGAAGACCAUGAAAAUGGGCAUGGAGAAGUUCAACAAAGAGAGUGGACUCACUAACUACUUUGUCCCUCUGAAUGUAACCAAGGCAACCUACUCGUCUGGCAUGGCCACGUUCUACAACGUGGAGUUCACCAUUCAGGAGACCGCUUGUGACAAUUCCACUGACCUCACAGACAUUGCCAAGUGUGAACCGAUGUCCUGUGAAUUCGCUCACAAAGGCCUCUGCAAGGCAACUCACUCCCAUGCUCCGACAGGUGACGAGAACAUCUCUGUUAAGUGUGACAUCUUUGAACCAGAGGGUGCAGAAAAGGAGAAAACGCAACACCUGCUGGGAGGUGAGACAGACCACAGCCAUGACGCUACUAAGACUGACAGGAGCCUGGGUCAUGACCACGAGCACGACCACACUGCUGUUCACAAGCACGAGCACUCUCACAGUGGGCACGAACACGACCACGCUCACGACCACAGCCAGGAGCACAGCCACGGGCACGGGCACGACCACGCCCACGACGGGCACGAGGAGGGCCACACCCACCACCACACGCACGAACACGGCCAGGGCCAUGGGCACGCGCACUCCCAUGACCACGCUCACGACCACGAUCACGUGCACGCUCACCACGUCAAGGCCCACGACCACACCCAGGACAAGGGCGAUAACAUGCACCACAAGUAUGCGCACGGCCUAGAGGACACCCACGACCACGACCACGAGCUGGCGCUUGACCACGACCACAAGCACCGCCACCUGCACGAGCACGAGCACCACCACCACCACCAUGAGCACGAGCAUGAACACAAGGUGGCCCGUCGCCCCAACGGCUUCGUCAACGUGGUGGCCUCCAUGGACAAGCCCAUGAUCCUGCCCGCCUUCCCUGACCAGCCAGUUGCUGACGGAGAGAAGCCUACCAAACUGGCCCUCCACCCUGACCCUGAAAUCCCCGGAGAGAGGGAGCCAGCCAUCAAGCCCUUCCCCACCACCCUGUCUGCUGAAUGCCCCAUUGUAGCCCCAGAGAGCCCCACGCUGGUUGAUGAGCUCUUUGCCCAAGACCCUCUCUUUAAAAUCGCAGCAUGAUUGGAUCACACUCUAGCUUAAGAAUCGACUCUUUGUCUAUUCUGUACUGUAAGUGAUGAAAGUGAACUGUAAAAUAAAGUGGAAUUAAAUUA